AAGAGGAGGAGGGUGAGAGAGAAGCUCGCUCGGAGAGCAGAGGAAAGGGGCCGCCGAUCGCCCCCCCGCUUUCCCGCACGCGCUCUCUAGCCGUGGCUGCCCGCCUGCCGCGGUUACCCCGGCCUAUCCCUCGGUUCCCUGUGAGCGGAUCUAGGCACUGCGCGAGGCCCUGCCGGGGCGGCCAUGCGGCGGUGACAGGAGCUCGGCCGAGACGCUCGGGCCCCUCGCCCUCUCACCUCCUGCCCGCUCGCCAGCCAGCCUCAGCCCGAGGGUGCUCCGCCGCAGCCGCAGUUCGCGCGCGGCCCACACUCGCUUCCCUUCAGCACCCCCGGCCCCGGCGCUGCCUGGAGGCGGCUGCACUCGGGGAUCAUGGCCCAAGUAGCAAUGUCUACCCUGCCCGUCGAAGAUGAGGAGUCCUCGGAGAGCAGGAUGGUGGUGACAUUCCUUAUGUCUGCUCUUGAGUCCAUGUGUAAAGAACUGGCCAAGUCCAAGGCAGAAGUGGCCUGCAUCGCAGUGUAUGAAACAGACGUAUUUGUUGUUGGAACGGAGAGAGGACGUGCUUUUGUCAACACCAGAAAGGAUUUUCAGAAAGAUUUCGUAAAAUACUGUGUUGAAGAAGAAGAAAAGGCUGCAGAGAUGCAUAAAAUGAAAUCAACAACCCAGGCGAAUCGGAUGAAUGUAGAUGCUGUAGAGAUUGAAACACUCAGAAAAACAGUUGAGGACUAUUUCUGCUUUUGCUAUGGGAAAGCUUUAGGCAAAUCAACAGUGGUACCUGUUCCAUAUGAAAAGAUGCUCCGAGAUCAGUCAGCUGUGGUGGUGCAGGGGCUUCCAGAAGGAGUAUCCUUUAAACACCCUGAAAACUAUGAUCUUGCAACCCUGAAGUGGAUUUUGGAGAACAAAGCAGGGAUUUCAUUUAUCAUUAAGAGACCUUUCCUAGAGCCAAAGAAGCUCCUAGGUGGUCGAGUGACGGUAACAGAUGCUGAAAGGUCAAUGCUAUCUCCAGGUGGAAGUUGUGGCCCCAUCAAAGUGAAAACUGAACCCACGGAAGAUUCUGGCAUUUCUCUGGAAAUGGCAGCUGUGACAGUAAAAGAAGAAUCAGAAGAUCCUGAUUACUACCAAUAUAACAUUCAAGCAGGCCCUUCUGAAACUGAUGAUGUUGAUGACAAACUCCCCCUUUCGAAGUCUUUGCAAGGAAGCCAUCAUUCUUCAGAGGGCAAUGAAGGAACAGAAAUGGAAGUACCAGCAGAAGAUUCUACUCAACAUGUCCCUUCAGAAACAAGUGAGGACCCCGAAGUUGAGGUGACUAUUGAAGAUGAUGAUUAUUCUCCACCUACCAAGAGACCAAAGAGCAAUGAGCCUCCCCAGCCGCCAGUCACAGAACCUGCCAAUGCCGGCAAACGGAAAGUGAGGGAGUUCAACUUUGAGAAAUGGAAUGCUCGAAUUACUGACUUGCGUAAACAAGUUGAAGAGUUGUUUGAAAGAAAGUAUGCUCAAGCUAUAAAAGCCAAAGGUCCUGUGACGAUCCCGUACCCUCUUUUCCAGUCCCACGUGGAAGAUCUUUAUGUAGAAGGACUUCCGGAAGGAAUCCCUUUUAGAAGGCCAUCUACUUACGGAAUUCCUCGCCUUGAGAGGAUAUUACUUGCAAAGGAAAGGAUUCGUUUUGUGAUAAAGAAACAUGAACUUUUGAAUUCAACACGUGAAGACUUACAGCUUGAUAAACCAGCUUCGGGAGUAAAAGAAGAGUGGUACGCCAGAAUCACUAAGUUACGAAAGAUGGUAGAUCAGCUUUUCUGCAAAAAAUUUGCUGAAGCCUUAGGGAGCACCGAAGCCAAGGCCGUACCUUACCAGAAAUUUGAAGCACAUCCUAAUGAUCUCUAUGUGGAAGGACUACCAGAAAACAUUCCUUUUAGAAGUCCCUCGUGGUAUGGAAUCCCAAGGCUGGAAAAAAUUAUCCAAGUGGGCAAUCGAAUUAAAUUUGUUAUCAAAAGACCAGAACUUCUGACUCACAGCACUACUGAAGUUACUCAGCCAAGAACGAAUACACCAGUCAAAGAAGAUUGGAAUGUCAGAAUUACCAAGCUACGGAAGCAAGUGGAAGAGAUUUUUAAUUUGAAAUUUGCUCAAGCUCUUGGACUCACAGAGGCAGUAAAAGUACCAUACCCGGUGUUUGAAUCAAACCCCGAGUUCCUUUAUGUAGAAGGCUUGCCAGAAGGAAUUCCCUUUCGAAGCCCUACCUGGUUUGGGAUUCCACGACUUGAAAGGAUUGUCCGUGGAAGUAAUAAAAUCAAGUUUGUUGUUAAAAAACCUGAACUAGUUAUUUCCUACUUGCCUCCUGGAAUGGCUAGUAAAAUAAACACUAAAGCUUUGCAGUCCCCGAAAAGACCACGAAGCCCUGGGAGUAAUUCUAAAGUUCCUGAAAUUGAGGUCACUGUUGAAGGCCCCAAUAACAGCAACCCUCAAACCUCAGCUGUUCGAACCCCUACCCAGACUAAUGGUUCUAAUGUUCCCUUCAAGCCUCGAGGGAGAGAGUUUUCCUUUGAGGCCUGGAAUGCCAAAAUCACUGACCUAAAACAGAAAGUUGAAAAUCUUUUCAAUGAAAAAUGUGGUGAAGCUCUUGGCCUUAAACAAGCUGUGAAAGUGCCGUUUGCGUUAUUUGAGUCUUUCCCUGAAGACUUUUACGUGGAAGGCUUACCCGAGGGUGUGCCAUUCCGACGACCAUCUACUUUUGGCAUUCCAAGGCUGGAGAAGAUACUCAGAAACAAAGCCAAAAUUAAGUUCAUCAUUAAAAAGCCUGAAAUGUUUGAGACGGCAAUUAAGGAGAGCACCUCCUCGUCUAAGAGCCCUCCAAGAAAAAUAAAUUCAUCGCCCAGUGUGAAUACUACUGCGUCAGGCGUUGAAGAUCUUAACAUCAUUCAGGUGACGAUUCCAGAUGAUGAUAAUGAAAGACUGUCAAAAGUUGAAAAAGCUAGACAGCUAAGAGAACAAAUUAAUGACCUCUUUAGUCGAAAAUCUGGUGAAGCCACUGGUAUGGGUUUCCCUGUGAAAGUUCCCUACAGGAAAAUCACAAUUAACCCUGGCUGUGUGGUGGUUGAUGGCAUGCCUCCUGGAGUGUCAUUCAAAGCCCCCAGCUAUCUGGAAAUCAGCUCCAUGAGAAGGAUCUUAGAUUCUGCUGAGUUCAUUAAAUUCACAGUCAUUAGACCAUUUCCAGGACUUGUGAUUAAUAACCAGUUGGUUGAUCAGAGUGAGUCAGAAAGCCCAGUGAUCCAAGAAUCAGCCGAGCCGAGCCAGUUGGAGGUUCCUGCGACAGAAGAAAUAAAGGAGACUGAUGGAAGCUCUCAAAUCAAGCAAGAACCAGACCCUACGUGGUAGACCUCUUCCCUCCUAGGCUUAAAGUAUCAGUGGGUGAGAAGAGCUUUUCGGACCUGUUACUGCCCCAAGCUGUGUAAUAUACUUGUAUAACAGAAAUACCUUCUAUACAAACCUUUUUUUCUACUUUUAGAUAGAAAUGUCUACUUUUUCAGCAGUUCUGUGAAUUGAAUUAAAGAGCGGAGUGACUAUAGAUUUGGAAUGGCUGGUUUACUUUGGAAUGUAUUAUAUAAGGAUUUUACAGCAGUGCUGGAAAAACGACAGGGAAAACGACAGGGAUGGAUCUCAUCAGAUGUUUCACGUGUUCAGCAGAGCCUUCAGCUGUGGUGUGUGUUUCCCAAUCAAGUGAAGAUCUCUCCUCCCGGAACAUCUCAGCUUCUGCAGUGAAGAAAAUACCUGUGGUAGUUCAGCUCUUUAGUUUUUCUAUUUGAAAAAUCACUUAAUUGAUCCUUUUGUUCACGGUUCUCUUUAAUGACUGAGUGAAACAGUUAGUAUCUGUAUAUUUGACUAAACCUUUUCCUAAGCUCUCUAUCAUGGUUCAUAUGUUUUUUAUCGUAAUUAAAAACCAACCAUCUGGAUCACCUAACAGCCAGUAAGAGGUCAGUAUCUCAGCGUGUGGCUUAUAGAUGGAGUACAGAGAACCUCUUCCAUCCACAUUUACUUUUCAUCCAAAUAAAAUGCAUGGUGUACCAGAAGUUUCAGAUCAGGUAUAAGUGUUUGGGCAAGCUGAAUGACACUAAAGCCUCACUAUCGUGUAACCCAUUGUGGUGUGGAAUUCUUUGGAACACUAUUCCAGCUUGGAUCAGACUCAAGGGGGUUUCAUUGCCUUCAUUACUUUACAGUUCUACUUGUAACAUUGAGGCUCCAGUGUGGGGAGUGAGGGGUCAGUAAGCUGAUUAGGCACCCUCUGAUAUUCUGCGCCAUUUGUAGGAGAAUCUUACAUGUGUUGAGAUUUCACAAACAGUAAGAGUUGUAAAAUACCAGCUAUAUGAAAAGCUAGAGUAUGUGAUGGCAUAGAGUUUUCAUUAGCUUUAUCACAAUAUUCACGAUGGAGAAUUAUAUUACAUGGUAGCAGAAAUAGGCAUUUUUAUGUGUUGCUUAUAUUUUACCUCAAAUUAAAUUGUAGAUAUAGGGUAAUAAAUAAAAUCCAUCCAUGCCUUUCACACACUAAUUCAUUUCUUUCUAAGGUGUUUUCAUGACUGUGUGGGGAAACCUGGGGUGGCUCGGCGGAAUGCAGGGCGAGGUUAGGCGGGCACGGUCCAGAGGCUCAGUCCCUUGUCAGGACGCCACUGCUCACGGUGUGCCUGAGACCGCUGUGCCUCUGGGCUGAGCUGGGGCUGGAGCCCCCAGCUUUUUAUCUGUGACAUGCCAACUGUGUGCAGCACACGCGUGAUGUUGGAGGUCAGAGUCCCUCCCCGGGUAGAGCCCGUAUGUCGGCCCCUCCCCCACGAAAACCACACACUGGUUCCAGGCCUUUUCUGUCCUCUCCACCAUCACCCUCUGCCUCUCCUUUACCCUUACAAGUGUGACCUCAGGGAAAGCCAAACUGGUUUGUUCCUAACUGAGCAACCGACAUUAGGAGGAGACAGCUGCUGCAGUAGGAUCUCAGGGUUCCUUUACCUUGUUCUUAAGGUGUCACAACCUUGCUGCCUCCACCCACGCUUCCCGGCCCAGCCACUGGAGCACCGUAGUCGUCCAAAGGCUGCUUUUAAAAGGGGUUAAGCUUGUACAUGUAACUCUUUAACAAAAGGUUUGCGGGAGCACAGGCUCACAAGGAGAUCUGUUUCCCAGUGUAAGUGUAUACAUCCAG